AUGAAAUUACUAAAUCUAUUCGUUGGAAUACAAGUUUUCUUACUCGGCUACGGAAUUCUUCUAUCCAUUUUUAACAGCUUCAUUCCUUACUACGAUGCCGCUGAUGGAGAAGUAGCAGAUGAUAAUGCAGAAGAUUCGAUGCUAAUAUUUCCUGGAGCUGAGGCAUCGCCAUUCGGGGGUCGUUACUACGGGAACAGAUAUAGGGGGUAUGGAGGAUAUGGUGGAGGUUAUAGAGGAUACGGUGGUGGUUAUGGAGGAUAUGGUGGUGGUUAUGGAGGAUAUGGUGGUGGUUAUGGAGGAUAUGGUGGUUAUGGCGGCGGUUAUGGAGGCUACGGUGGUUAUGGAGGUUACGGUUAUAGAAGACCCUACGGUGGCUAUGGAGGUUACGGCUACAGAAGACCCUACGGUGGCUAUGGAGGAUAUCGCCACCAUGGGGGCUAUUAUCGCGGAUAA